UGCGGCUCAGUCACUGCAGCACCGUGGGAGUGCUUCAAUCAGAGGCAGAAUGAGGAUAUGAUGCAUUGCAGUCAAAGAAACGCGUGCACGGAACCAGCGUUGAUAAAAUCUAAUUACCAGAUCAGAUUUCUCUGCAGUAUACAGGUUAAUGUAGUUUGUUGGAGGAGCUUAAAGUUCUAGGUGAUGAGGGAAAGCCUCAAGGACAUCAUUCUGCUGGAGGCAAGUUCACACUCUCAGUGCAAAAGAUCAAGAUGAGUGCUUGCUUAGUGUUCACGAUCCUUAUGGGCUACAGAUUAUCUCAUGCUGCCGAGUCUCAAAACAUCUGCGCCGGCAACGACACGCUGGAAACUUUCAACGUAUCUGCUGGAGGCAAUGUGGCCGUGCCAUGCCCACAGCUGACUGGUGAACACCUGAAAUUUAACCUCCUAAAGCAGCAAAAAGUAAUUUACACCCAUUCAAGCCACAAAAACAAUGUAUCAAAAAGUGAUUCACCAUACACCAGGGAGGACGUGGAAAUGCAUGAAAACAAAGAUAAUAAAUCGUUCAGGCUCACUGGAGUGAACAACAGUCACCAUGGUAUCUACAGAUGUGAGGGCACGGUCAUGUACCCUCCUCCUCUUGUAAAAGCAUAUGGUUCAAGGAUCCUGGUACUUGUAGAAGGACACCAAGGCAUUGACUGCAAAAACUGCAAAGUUCCUGAAACAGUUCAGCUUAGUGUAUCUCUCUGGAUUUGGAUUGUGGUGGGUGGUCUCAUCAUCUACAGCAUAACUGUCACAGUUAUCGCCAUCAUCAGCUUGGUCAAACUGAGGAGGACAGAUUCCCAGAGUGACUACAUGAACACCAAACCCAGAGCACCCAGGGGCCACAACAAGAAAAGAGGGGCUGGAACCCAUAUAGGCCUACCACGACACUUCUGAUCACCCGUGCAUCAUCUGACCAUUUGCACAGCUAUCCCCAUUAGUUUAGUUAUAAACAUAGGGGGGUCCUUGUAGUUGUUAGCCCUUAUUGUGUGUGAGGUUGUUGUUUAGUUCAUUUUGUUGUCAGUUAUAGUUGUUUUGUGUCUUCACAGCGAAAGUAGCAGUUCCUUUUACAGUUGUGCCUGUAUGAGGCAAUAAAAAAAUAUCUUGCCUAACA